AUGAAUUCUGCUCUUUUACUUUGGGACUUUUCUGUAGUUCUUUCUAGAAAUCCGAUCCAUGACGUUGGUGAUUCUCUGAAGAAGAUGAAAUCUGUCACAAAGUUAAAUUUAGCUAAACCCUUGAAGUUUUCUGGGUUUCAGCUUUCUCUCUCUCACUGCCAACUUCAGACUAUAGAGGCUUCACUCAAAUUCUGUAUUGAACUGAAAGAGCUCCGUCUUGCUCAUAGCGAUAUUAAGGUAAUCAAUUCAUUGGUUAAUCUGAGGAAUCUCAAUCUGCAAGGAAACACUGUUGUUGAAAAGGAUAAAUUAGAAAAGAAGAUUAAAAAGAUGUUGCCGAACCUCCAUGUAUACAAUGCAAGGCCCAUAGAUAAAUACAUCAACAAUGAAAAGGGCGCUGGAGUUGAUGAAGUUGAUUAUUCUUCACUUAAUACUGCUAGCAAGCGAGAAACUCAAAUAGAAGAGCCAAAAUAUAGAGAUUUCAAACAUCGUGCAAUGGGUGAAACCAAUGGUGAUAUCGAAAAUGCUAGUCAUUCUGAUACAAAUAAAUCGAAAUGGAAAAGGCAGGGAUCAAAAGACAAUGCCUCAAACAAUGUUGUUGUCGAGGGGGAUGAAAAACGAGAUCCUGUCAAGAAAAAGAACCGCAAACAUCAAAUGCAAAAUGAAGAUGAUAUGGAAAUCUUGAGAAUACUGGGGAUUUUGAGAAAGCAUCGCAACAGAAGACAAUACCAAGAUACACCAUUUUUGGAGCUUUUUUCUGUUGAUGCUGAGGUUGCUGGUGAAGAAAAGGCUAAGGACAAGGAAAUAGAAUUGGGUGGCUUAGUAACCUUUCCCUUAUGCUUGGAGCCCAUGAAAUUUUGUGUUGAGCUGGUGUCUAGAUUGUACCCCUUCUCGACAGUUUUCAUUUUUGAGAUGCAGAUGUACUGGCUAUGCGUAAAAUCUAGUUUUAGGAAACUUGCAUCAAAUCAGCAAAGAGUAUAA